AUGAGUCUCCUCUUCCUCUUCUUCAUCCUCCUCCAUCCUCUGAGCUCAGCCGAUCAGGAGGAGGCGGAGAAGAUCCCGCUGGAGGUGAUUGUGGAAAGUUCAGCGUGCAGCGUCACCUGUGGGCUCGGAGUGAUGACUGAAACUGUGUGUCUGUUCAGAGAGGGACACACAGCGCUGGAGGAGGAUGUCAGCAGGGAAGAUGGAGCACAGGUGUCUAAGGAGUGUCGUGUGCGUAAGGUGAGGUGUCUGCAGCCUUGGCAGUGUGGCCUCAAGACGUUGACAGUGACUUCAGGUCAGAGGGUCAGGAUGGACUGUUUGGGAGAGGGGAUGAGGAAGUUCUCCUGGAGGGUGUCUUGGCGUUGGGCUCGAGGAAUCAUCAGCUCUGAUGACACCCUGUUUGCUCCUUGGGACGCUCCUCAGCCAGACCAAGUGGUUCUGGAUCCCGUCACAGAGAAGGAUGCAGGAACGUAUCGCUGUGACGUGCAGGACGCCUCCUACCGCAGGGUGAAGAGGGUGUACUGGGGUAUUCGAGUUGUGCCUGUGGGAGUGCUGGACAUAGACGACACCUCCCCUGAUCAGCCAGUGUCUACUGAAAAGCUGGGGACAAUUCUACUGUUUUUGUUUUACAUGGCCAUGUAA